UGGGCAGCCCCAGUCGCCAUGUCCGGGAGCUGCCACCAGGGCCACACGCCGAGCCAGGCCAUCCCUGCCAAGCGUCUCAGCCUGCCCGACGGGGCCCCGCUACCGCCCGGCGACUACAGCAUCACGCCCGGGGGCACGGUGUUUGGGACCACGUCGGGCGGUACAAGAAUUAUUUAUGACUGGAAGUUUUUGAUGGAAUGCCGCAAUUCCCCAGUUGCCAAAACCUCACCUUGUGACCUUCCAGACAUUCCAGGUGUUACCAGUGCAAAUGUGGAGGAGUUGAAGAUUGAAAACAACCAUGUCCACAAUUACUUGGAGAAGGUGGGCAUAGGUGAGGAAGCUCAAUUUGACAUGGACAUCUAAAGUGUGUGCCGUGAGAGUGUGUGUCUGGUGAAAAAUGGGAUCUCAGUGUGAGGGCUCCCACCAGCUAGGCUUUUAGAAUAGCCAUGCUUUUCUGAGCAACUUGCUCUUUCCUACGAAUGGCAGUCCAUUCGCUUUGACUGAGAGCUGAACACAUCCUGUUACAUGAGGACUGAAAGUAUCAACCAAUUUAUACGGGUGUAAAUCCAUGGCCCCUGCUGGCAAUGGGCAACAGUGAGAGGAGGAAAGCUCUCUAUGAUUUUUUUGUUUCAUAUUUCUAUGCCUUUGUUAAUUGGUGUAUAUCAGUACUGUAAAGGUGACUGAAAUGUAAUAUCAGGGGAGUAAUAAAAUCAUU